AAGUGGAAAAUCCUCUUUCAUGCGCGUGUGGCUGGGCGUCCAGAACACGCCAACAGGUGUCCGACAGUCGACCUGCUACUGAAAUACAGGCGCUACAUAUACGGUCAAUUGUAUACAGGUACUAGUGUUCAGUAUUAUAUCCGGAGUGUGGACAGUCGCGAGUGGACAGUCCAGGGCUGGAGCCAUGUCCUAUUUGUUGAUAGUGUCCGUAUUAUCGAUUAUACAUCUUGGAUGGCCAGUUUCAGCUGAGACAGACACCUGCACCAUAAUACGAUGUAAAGACAAAGAUUCCAAACGAUACGAAUGCCGUCCUGGACCUGGAAGUGUGGCAGUCCUCUCCAUGUCACUUAUGAGGGAUCUGUCCAAAGGCGCAUGCCAACAGGAUGUGACGUAUGGUCCAACAUCUCAGGGCGCCGUCUGGGUUGACAAAGGGUGUGACGGUCAGUUUCAAGUCUGUUACGCCACUACAGGAGAAGGUCUCAAUUGUGACAAGGGGUGUGGUGAAAACGCACUAUGUGUGAAUGGAAAAUGUCACUGUGGGAAAGGAUUCUAUGGUAACCCGUACGCCAAGUGUGAAGAUGUGUGCAUGUGCGCUGCCUACGGGGAUCCCCACUUCCGGUUGUAUGACAAACAGAAGUUGACAAUCAAUGCUCCGUGUCGUUACACACUAACCAUGUACGGCACCAUAGACGACAAAUGUGGCUUCAACAUCGAACUAAAAAACGAGCACAGGGGUACCAGGAUGCACGCGGCCUACACGCGCUCCGUGCAUGUCAUAGUUAAAGGUUAUGCCAUCGACCUCAACAAGGGCAGGGAAGUAUUAAUAAAUGGCGUCGCACAGUUCUUUCCGGUUAGCGUGACGUCAGACACGCAUGGUGAAAUCGCCAUAUACAAUACAGGGGAGUACGUCAGACUUGUAACCGGAUGUGGCUUGUCACUUUCCUGGAAUGGUAGAUCGGAAGUUUUCGUGACAGUUCCGAAGAGAUACGGAAGUGAUCUAAUCGGCCUCUGCGGAAACUGUAAUGGAAAGCAGGACGACAUGAGAACGAAGAAUGGGACGGAUGUGUCCGGUAUUAAAACAAAGGGUCUCGAGAUAGGACGGAGUUACCUUGUCAAAGAUGCGUCUGAUGACGCAGGCGAGGAGUGUGAGGUGACAGAAACGGAAGACCCGUGUACUGGGGACAUGGACCUUUUAGUCCAGGAACCUAUUUACUGUGGAUUGUUGUUUCCGCCCCGCCAAGCCUCCAGUCCGUUCCGAGAGUGCAUCAGUAGGAUUCCUCAAGUCAUUCUCGACAUGUACGCAUCAUGUCGGUUUGACGUUUGUACAUAUUUCCAUGACGAACACCGUGUAAAGGAGGUUGUCUGUCAGGCCAUGGACAGCUUGGCAACCGAGUGUGAGGAGAGGGGAUACACAGUAAAAUGGAGGACGGAAGAGUUUUGUGCCCCUACCUGUCCGAAAAACAUGCGAUACAGUACCGAGAUAAGUGGAUGUCCAGACACCUGUAUUGACCCUCACCGUACCCAAACCAACUGCUCCCAGCCCCUGUCGUCCGGCUGUGAGUGUCUGCCCGGCUACUUGUUCAGUGGUGUCGAUUGUGUACCAAUGACAGAGUGUGGUUGUAAAUCUGUCAUCGGCUAUCUACCGCUUGGGAAAUCGUCAUUGACACUUGAUUGCCAGACUAUGCUUACAUGUGUCGUUAUUGCCGGGAAACCAACCCUGGAAUCGAAAGCCGUCACGUUAGACUGUCACGAGCAUGCUGCGUGCGGGUUAAUAUCAGGACGCCCCAAUUGUACAUGUCUGGAUGGAUUCUUUGGGGACGGAGUAACAUCUUGUGAACCUCUUUGCAAUGGAACCAAAUGCGGUGUGCAUGCUCAUUGCCUGGAGAUGCGUUGUCGCUGUGGAGACGGUUUCCAUGGAAACCCUCACGUCAACUGUGAACCCAUUGGGACCUGUGGUGGGGAGAGUUGCUGUGAUAACGCGGACUGUAUCAACUACAACUGUGUGUGUCGGCAGGGAUACGUGGGGGACGGCUAUGACGAGUGUAAACCUCUGUGUAACAGACGGAGGUGUGUACAAAAUGCUGACUGUGUAGAUGGAGAAUGUAGAUGUAUAAACGGUUACCAUGGGAACGGCUACAUUCAUUGUGAACCCGCCUCUGUGUGUGAUGGGCGAACUUGCGUGACGGGUGCCGUGUGUGUUAACUACAAGUGUGUAUGCCAAUCAGGCUACUAUGGUGACGGGUACCAUACUUGUUUCACUCUAUGUGACGGCACGCGAUGCUGCCCCAAUGCCUCCUGCCAGGAUUCUUGGUGUAUCUGUCAUUCAGGUUACCAUGGAAACGGGUAUAUAAAAUGUGAACCUGAUGGAAAGUGCGAUGAUGCAGUAUGUGUUAAGGGUGCCAGAUGCGUGAACUCCGUCUGUUUGUGUGAUGCAGGUUACUAUGGUGAUCCUUACGUAAUGUGCAAAUCCCUGUGUGACGGCAAAAUGUGCGCACGCCAUGCAUCUUGUGUCGACGGCGAGUGCAGAUGUGACGAGGGUUUCCAUGGAGAUGGUGACGUCAGAUGCGAACCUUUGAACAUAUGUGAUGGACGUAGGUGUGGCGUUAAUGCAGUUUGUGUGAAUUACCAAUGCACGUGUACUCCUGGAUUCCAAGGGGACCCAUAUAUGAAAUGCACACCUCUGUGCAAGGGGAGACGAUGCGUACAGAACUCGUAUUGCUACAGAGAUGAAUGCAUCUGUACCGAAGGUUACCAUGGUAACGGAUAUCUGAAAUGUGAAGCGACGUCUCUGUGUGACGGGAAGAUGUGUUGUCCUGACGCCAAAUGUGUCAACUAUCAAUGUGUAUGUCGGGACGGCUUUGUUGGAGACGGGUAUAGCCACUGUGAAGAGCUAUGUGGUAAUAGAAGAUGCGCAAAAUAUGCAGCAUGUGUAGAUGGGAGAUGUAGAUGUAUAGAAGGCUACCAUGGCAACGGAUACCUACAGUGCUAUCCACUGGACUUCUGUGACGGUCGCCAUUGCUGUGAACACUCCAUUUGUCUGUACGGUAGAUGUGUGUGUUCCCCUGGAUAUGUUGGAGACGGAUAUGUAUCCUGUGAACAUCUUUGUGGAGGGGAGAGAUGUGGGGAUAAUGCCAAAUGCCAGAACGGCAAGUGUGUGUGUUACGAUGGAUUUCACGGCACACCCACAAUACGCUGUGAACCUGUUCAAACCUGUGGCGGUAAGACCUGUGUGGCCAGUGCUGUCUGCAUCAACUACGCAUGUCAAUGCCAGACAGGAUUCAUUGGUAAUGGCUACCAGGAAUGUAAGAAACUUUGUGGUGGAAGGAUUUGUAUACAAAAUGCCGUUUGCCAAAAUGAGGCAUGCAUGUGUACAGGAGGCUAUCACGGGAAUGGAUACAGUAAAUGUGAACCCAUGGGUAUUUGUGGCGGAUCCCACUGCGUUCAGAACGCCCAUUGUUUCGAUUACAACUGUGUCUGUGACCAAGACUACCUCGGCGAUGGCUACAAACAGUGUGAACCUGUAUGUGACUACCGGCGCUGUGCGGAAUACGCGUACUGUGAGGCGAACGAGUGUGUUUGUCAGAACGGGUACCAGGGAAAUCCAUAUAUCAGAUGUGAACCGGCCAGUGAAUGUGAUGGAAAGACAUGUGCUCCGUUUGCUAAAUGUACCAACUAUGAGUGUAGAUGUGAACGAGGCUAUAUCGGGGAUCCCUACGAUAAAUGUGAACCUCUCUGUGGUGGACAAACGUGUGCAGAAUAUGCUGUAUGUCAGGAUGAUAAAUGUGUGUGCAGUUUCGGUUACCAAGGAAACGGGUUGAUCCUUUGUGAACCGCCAUAUCUAUGUGGACGGAAAAUUUGUACAGAAUUUGCAGAAUGUGUCAAUUACAUGUGUAAAUGUAAAGAAGGAUUUUAUGGAAAUGGUAAUAGUAAAUGUAAAAGAUUAUGUGGUGGCCGCUCAUGUGUAGAGCAUUCGUCAUGUAUAAACGGGAAGUGUGAAUGUGACAACGGUUUUAGAGGCGACCCCUACAUACAGUGUGAAGAGUCAGGCAGCUGUGGGGGAAAGACGUGUUCAGAUAAUGCAUCAUGUAAGAACUACCACUGCCUCUGUGACACGGAUUACUAUGGGGAUGGAUACACUCAGUGUUUACGUAUCUGUAAUGGCAUGCCUUGUGUUGAACAUGCUGAAUGUACGGAAACUGGGUGUGAGUGUACGGAAGGAUAUCAUGGCGACGGAUACAUAAAAUGCGAACCCAAUGGAUUCUGUAAUGGGGACAGAUGUACUGAAUAUGCGGAGUGCCAGAACUUCAGGUGUAAGUGUAGACCAGGUUACCAUGGCGACGGAAAUACCAAGUGUACAGAAUUAUGUAACGACCGACUUUGUUGUACUAAUGCUAUCUGUGUGGACAAUCAGUGUCGUUGCGCGGAUGGAUUUCAUGGAAACGGAUAUGUGAUGUGUGAACCAAUAUCUCGCUGUGGCGGCAAAGAAUGUUGUCUAAACGCGGAAUGUGUGAAUUUCCAAUGUCAGUGUCGACAGGGAUAUAUUGGUGACGGCUUGAAACAAUGUAAAGCUCUGUGUGGUCAAAUUAAAUGUGUGGAUUUUGCGUCCUGCAUCGACAAUACAUGUGUGUGUGACAAGGGAUAUCAUGGCGACGGAAUUACAAGAUGUGAAGUGGAUAGCUUCUGUGACGGUAAGACGUGUGCGACCUUUGCACAUUGUGUGAACUUCAAAUGUGCCUGUAUGCAGGGUUACCUAGGUGACGGUUUCGAUAAAUGUGAUGAAAUGUGCGGAGGGCAGCUAUGUACAGAAAACGCCGCAUGUCACGGUGGCAAGUGCACGUGUAAUAUUGGAUACCAUGGUGACGGAUACAUCCGUUGUGAAGUUGAUGGUAUAUGUGGGAACCAGAGAUGUGUAUCAAAUACCGAAUGCAUCAACUUCGAGUGUGUAUGUAAGGAAGGAUAUAUUGGAAAUGGCUUCGUUUUCUGCGAACCACUUUGCAAUGGCAGAAAAUGUUGUACUUUUGCAUAUUGUUCCCAAGGGAGCUGUGUAUGUAAGGAGGGUUACCAUGGAAACGGUUACCAGAAAUGUGAAUCUGUUGAGUAUUGUGGCGGGAAACAAUGUGCAGCCAAUGCGGAGUGUUUUAACUACGAAUGUCGCUGUAGACAUGGAUAUAUAGGAGACGGGCUAACUACGUGUGAAGAGCUUUGCGGUGGACGUAAAUGCGUAGACCAUGCAGAAUGUAAACAGGAUAAGUGUUUGUGCGAGGAGGGCUACCAUGGAAACGGAUUUUACAAAUGUGAACCUGAAGGUGUAUGUAACGGCUUACCAUGUGCUACCAACGCUCAUUGCACUAACUAUAUGUGUUUGUGUGAAAAGGGAUACUUUGGAAAUGGCUAUAAAAUAUGUAAUCCCUUCUGCAAUGGUCGCUUAUGUGUGGAAAACUCAUUUUGUUCCAACGGGACUUGCAUCUGCCACCAAGGUUUCCAUGGCAACGGAUUUUUGAAAUGUGAACCUCUUGGUCUAUGUGGUGGCCGGAAGUGUGCAGAGUACGGUAUAUGUGAUAACUUCCGGUGUGGAUGUAGACACGGUUACUAUGGCGACGGUUACAGCUACUGUGAUCCUAAAGGAUACUGUCGAGGAAAGAAAUGUGCUGAAAAUGCUAUCUGUGACGAGGGACGGUGUGUCUGUAAUGGCGGUUACUGUGGUGACGGCGAAGUGGAAUGUAAAAGAAGAUGUGUAUGCACGGCCUCCGGUGACCCACACGUGAGAACACACGACGGACAGACCAUAGAUGUUGUUGGGAAAUGUCGGUAUAUUCUUACAAAAUCAAACAUAACAUCUGACGCAUGCGCUUUCAGUGUGGAAAUAAACAACAGUCAUCAGGGUUUAAAUUCGUCUACUUGGGUGAAAUCUGUUGAAAUUCACAUAUAUGAUACGAAGAUAACUCUUGGUGAAGAUUUCAAGUUUUACGUGGAUGGCUAUCUGCGUUAUACUCCUAACUUCUUGGCUGAUGGCAAUGUGAGGGUAUAUAUGUCUGGCCAGUGGCUGGUAGUAUGGACGGAAUGUGGUCUCGUGGUGUGGUGGGACGGACGCGGAGCUGUCAUUGUGCGGGUCCCGUCCAAAUACCAUGGUCAGCUCACGGGUGUUUGUGGAAACUGUAACGGAGUCGCGCAUGACGACUUCACCACUGCCGACGGUAGAAAUGUAGCUGCGUACCUACCAGGAAAGAGAGAUUCGCUGAUAACCAAUAGCUACGUUGUUAAGGACACAACUCGACCUGGAGAAAUUGCUGUUCGAAGGAAUUGCACUACUUCGGUUCCUGACAAUUUGUGUAGUGAGGAAAGAAAACUAGCGGCUUCUAAGCCGGGCAUGUGUGGAUGGCUGGACAUAUCCAGAGCAGAAAGUCCAUUCUAUAAGUGUAUGGUUCUAUAUCCAUACUUAGCACGACAUGUAUAUCAAGCAUGUGUCCGGGACGUCUGCAACUACUUCGAUUUUCAAAUCAAGAUAGAUCUGAUCAUAAGAGCGUACAUGGCGGAGUUCGCCCAGGAGUGCAGUCAGAGGGGGUUUAUAAUCAAUUACAGAACAUCAACGUUUUGCCCUCUUGAGUGUAAGGAAAACAUGGAAUACUCUGACGCAGUCAGUGGGUGUCCUCACACCUGUACACACCCUAACCAGACAUGUGACCUCCCCACAUCUGACGGAUGCGAGUGUAGGCCUGGUUAUAUUCUCGACGGGGACAAAUGCGUUAAACCUGAGAUGUGUGGCUGCGUUUGUCCAUUGGAAACAUAUGUUCCAAUUGGUGGUACGUAUGUGACAGACGAUUGCAGUGAGAAGAUGACUUGUAAAUAUAUCAAUGGACUGCCCCGUUUCAGGCGGACUGAAAUUAACAUCGAGUGUCACACACAUGGCAUGUGUGGACUAGUAGACGGGGUCCCAAGCUGCGUGUGCAUGCCUGGUUACCAGGGCGACGGCAGAUUGUCGUGUGUGCCAAGUUCGUAAUCCAAAUGACAGAAUAUAACUAUGGCACCUUGAAGGAAUAUUAUACAGAUAUAUAGCUACACCAUUUUAAUAAUAAACUCUUUGUUCUUG